GACUAGACAAGUUUCGCCAUUAGCACUGCGAAAUUGAAAUGCAUUGAGCCAUGUAGAGCGCAACGUUUUCAUUUCUGUUUGGUGUUUCGUUGGGAAUUCUCCUGAUUUUAUUACUAUUGGAUUGUAGGCAUGGAUCAGAAUGUUAGCUCUACGAAAAACCUGGUUUAUACACAAAGCUUAAGUCAUGAUCAACUGCAGAACAAUCGCGCGGCAUUGGCCCGUCGACUUCAAUUUCGACGACCAAGACAAGACCUUAUUAAUCAAGGAAUCAUGCCAGCUGUCUCCGCUGCUCCUAUUAUACUGCAACAAAAGUCAAGACUCGAGAAGGCGAAGAAAAUUGACAAUUUACAAAGAAAAAUUCGAGUUCGCCCGGACAGAAAUCAGCUUAUUCAAAGGCAUAUACUUGAAGAUUCGAAUGCAGAUCCUUCCAUUCAAGUAGCAGCCAUUAGCUUGAAGAGGAAGAAGCUUCAAGAUAACCUGAAUGAGCGUCUACUCAUGCGCCCUGGGCCUUUGGAACUUGUCAAUAAAAAUAUACUUCAUCCCAAUUCAAUAGUAGGUCAUGCUAUAAAAGAAGGUGCUGUGGAAUACGCCGAUACCAAAGACUCCAUACAUAUUAUUAAUGCUCUAUCUCCACCAGAGUCUUUAAAUGAUGAGUCUCCCCAGCCAUCUCCGGAUAACAUCAGUCUUGGUUCUCCCUCGUCACCUUUAUUUCACCCCGCUUCACACUUCGAGCCACCAUUUAAGGCUACACCCCAGCUUGCCACCACCAACCAAUCCAUGUCAAACAGCAUUAAGCCAAAGGACGUAACGAGGCGCAAGAAACAGAACAAGAGUAAAUUCAAGAAGUACAAAUAUCACGAAUAUCGGCCACCCAACAUGGAAGGGAACAGCUCAAAAUGUGAUAGCAACUCUCUACCAGCCGAUUCACCAUAUGCUCUUCUCUUGGAACAGCAACAAAAGUAUUUGCAGCUACAGGUACUCUGCCAGAAUUAUCCCCAGACUUUUUUGCCGCUACUGCCGACAAUGCAGAAAUCUGACCAGGUAGAAACCCCCCCGGCCGAAAAACCGAUGAAAAUUGAGGAGAUGAGGGUGAUUGACUUGAGGAAUGAAUUGAAAAGCCGGGGGUUACCCGUAUCCGGUUCAAAAAAUAACUUGAUGGAGAGGUUGAAAUCGGCAAAUGCUCAAGGUUCGGGAAAUUCCUCCAACAUUACUAGUUCUGUUACGCAGAUAACUCAGACGACACCGGUCCCUGUUGCACCAAGGACGACACUUACACGGUCAACGUCUGUACCAAACGGGGUUUCAUUGGUCAAUUCGUUGGGUACGGCUAAAAUAUUAAAUGACGCUGAAAAAAUGCUGCAAGAACAAAACAUAAGCGUUGACGAGAUUCAGCAAAAGAUUCAGCAAUUACAACAUCUCAAUCUCCAGUUGCAGUUACAACAUUUAGAUAUCAAGAACCAAAAAGGCAAGCCAUUACAGCCGACCAGCCAAGCGGCAGUUCUGCCAGCCAGCCAACUGUCAAAUUUACCUGCUAACCAAACGGGAAGUUUUUCCCAAGCAAAUGGUCAGCGAGAGACAGUGACAUCGCAAGAACAAAGUGUUGGAGAAACCAUAAAGAAGCACGUGCAACAACUAAAGCAUAUAAAUUCUCCACCUCAGCAACUACAACAUCUACAAAACAAUGAACAAAUACAACAAGUACAGCAACAAGAACUGCAACAACAACAACAGCAACAGUUACAGCAACAACAGCAACAACUUCAACAAAGACAGCAACAAUUACAGCAACCGCAACUUAAACAACAGCAACACGUCAUUGCUAAGCACGCGCCACUCGAACACAAGAAACAACUACAACAAAGGCAGUUACAGCUGAAACAACUCGAACAUCAACAGCAGUAUCAGCAACAUAUAAAACAACAGCAACUUCAGCAACAACAACUGCUACAACUGCAACAACAGCAGCAACAACAACAACGUUUACAGACAAACAAUCAGCUGAAUCAGCAGCAUUUACUCUACAAUCAUUUGGCGACCUCUCAGGCUUCAAUUGACAUGAAAACAAAAGUAAGUGAAAAUAAUGUGGUUACAUCACUUCCGCCACCUCAGCAAUGUCAAGUGUCGAUUUCCGGUACACCAUUGCUACACUCCUCGCCAUUGGUGUGCAAUACCAAUUGCAAUGGAACCCAAUUACAGCAAUCUUCGGAAAGUACUGCACCCAAUGUGAACUCAGUGCAACUGCACAAUGUAAUCCAUUUCAAACAACCAGGGAAACCAGUCAUUUUUUUGCAAAGGCCAAAGCAACAACAACUACGUGCGCAACGGCUGUUUAGCCCUACGGAAAAACAACUUCCGAGCGAUCUGAGCAACGAUAUCUUUUUCCAGCAAAUGACUCGGCCAAAUUCCCUCUCACUCCACCACAGUGAUGUAAAUAUGGAGCAAGAAUCAAACUGGACGUCGUUAAUUGAGGGCGAAACUCGAUCGUCAAGUAGCUCUCCUACGCCGGUUGAGCGCUCUCCUCCGCCUUAUUUUGAAGCGGUUGCAGGCCGGCUAAGUCCCCGAUGUUCCAGCAAUGGUCCAUUUCCUAAACUUCACUCAAGAACGAGCAGUGUCGGUACCUUUUCAUCGCUAGGACAUCGCAGGUCACUUUCGGUGCCCACUGUCAACAAUAGCAGCGGCUUACCUCAAGAAAUGCAAAAAGAACAACAAAAGUCCGGCUCUGCUAUGUGUCUGGACUUCCCUGAGGCCGAGGAAAUGAAUAAUAUUGCGGAUAAUUAUCACGGCAUUACGCAGGAAUUACAGAAGGCCAUGAUGAUCGAAUCCCAGAAUAGUCCGGACAAUCACAACGCUGAUUUGCUUGAUAUUUUAGGAGUUGAUACACGAAUUUCAUCAAGUGCAACUGCUGGUGAUGGACUUACAUCCAGUAUUUCAAAUGGUUAUUCUCAGUCAUCGUUACCAGUUUCCUCUUCUAGUGUUGAGGCAUCAACGUCGUUUACCCAUCCCAAUUCCCCCAAGCUACUCAAAUCACCUACGACAAGUCUGCCGUCUUACCAAGAAGCCGUGCAGAAUACAAUUUGUGCUUCGUCCCCCGCGGCGGUAAACUUUAAUUCAAGCGAACUGUUAAGUGAAAUGCAUGAGCACAGUGCCCCUUUGAAUAUUGUCCAUUCGCAACCGAAAAUGUCCUCCCAAAAUAUGGACGGCUGCCUGUUAGCAAGUUGCAAUUCUCCGAUGCGCGUUGAUGAAGACGACGUUGACCUAAGGAACGUAUUGUACGCGAACGGAUACCGAAGAGACAGCUUCGACAACCUUCGGACGCACACUAUGCAUAAUACUUCAAUUUAUCACGUCAAUCCAUGUGACAUAUUUGGUAACCCUACUGAUGGUGGUUUGAUUAAACAAGGAGAGGCAGGUCUAGCGUUUAUAGAUGUGGAUACGGGAAAUUCUGAGUUUCCUGAAUCUAUGGACUUAGGGGAACAAUGAUUCGGGGAUAUCUGUCAAUGUUAUAUCAGGUAUAACGUUCAGCCAUUGACAGUUACAUAACUAUAUGUAUGAUGACAAUCCCAUCAUCAUUAGAGCGUCGAAGUAGCGUGGACGUACACAGAGCUUGUAAAACAAGGCCGAUCAUUAACCAAUGUCCAGUUUUUUCAUGUGGUGAAUUUUACGCGCUUGCAGUAAAAUACAUUUUGGAUUGGCUGGCAGUAGCCUGACGUCAUCGGUAGAGAAAAAAUGACGUGCUGUACAUUAAUGAUCAUUUCACGACCAAGAAAUUAUCUGAAACCUUUACUGCAAAUGGUGUUUUCGAACUGAAAAUUUCUAGUUUUUGCUUGAUACCAGUGUCAGAACACUUGGCAAACAUAUCUUUAAAAAUGCCAAUUGAGAUUUAUUUUCAUACAACAGCCUAAACAUGUUAUUGACAUUUUUCUUAUGCAGCGCGUAUUUAAAGUUCACCAUAUGUAAAAAACCUGGUUUACCUCAUACAGAGAAGACGUUUGAUUAGUUUAUAUGCAUGAAGUGGGGAGAUGAGGGUCGGAAUCGCUUACUCUCAUUCCGCAGUCACAUGUAUAACCUGACCGAAAAAUUCAUGAAGGGCUAGACGAAUGUACGAGCGUACUUGCCUGGCAGCAACAUGGCGGCUGGUUACGUCAAUGUUCUUUGUCAUUUUCGCCGCCCAUUAGUUUCUUCACCCACUGUGUGUUGUAGAUACAGAUGUGGACAUAUAUGGUCACGAGCAGGCCGAAUUAGUCUGACAUAAUUAUAUGAUGUGUCGGACAGUUAUUUUCUAUGGAGCAGGGGGGGCGGAGGGUUCUAUGUACAUGUAACAAAUAUCAAACCCAGUCGAAUGUAUUGUUUGUGAAAGUAAUGAAUGUAAAGUUUUUGAAAGCUUACAUAUUUCGAUGACAUAUGUGAAAGAAUCAAGAUUAGUAAUUUAUGCCGCCUGCUUAAUAGAGUGAGCUCAAAUGGCCGGCCGUCAAAGAUCUUCCGAAACUGCUGUUUUUAAGUGCUUGAUAUUGCUCGGAGAACUAAUUCUUUGGCAUCUUAUGUGCUUUUCUUUUGAACGUAAGUGCGCGGUUUUUCUGUUAUUCAUUUUUUUUUACUUUGAAAAUUUUAAAAUGAAGCAGCUAACUGUACCAAGGCGGAGAAUUAUUUUGAUUGUAGGAAGAUCUUUGAAUCGGUUUCGCAUGUUAUUGUUGCUGGCGGUAAAAUUAUAAGAUUUUGUCAAGAUUUCUGACUGUCACCGUGUUUUAAAAAUCACUUUUUAUCGCGGCUUGAAGCCGGUAACAAAGUAUUGAGUACUUUAAAAUUGUAAAUAGUUAUUUUCGCUAUCGUGUAAAGAAAUUAAAUUUUGACAUGCGCACAUUUGCGCGGUA